UCUACAGUGAUCUUUGUAUGUGCUCAUUGUCUAGAGUGAUUUCCGCCUGCAAGCAAUGCCAAAUACUGGGAUCUCUCUCACAACCCGGAUAUCAAGAUGUCAAGGAUCAUCCUCAUAUCUCCAUAUCAUCAUCUAUAAAUAACAUCCAAGACACCACAGCUACCCUGGGCAAGAUUUCAGCUGCAUCAAACGCCUGUGCACUUCAACUGUCUCUAAACCUUUGAUCCGCACAGACUGACAAACUCUAACAUAACAGUCCUCACACUAUCCAAGCCACAACCAUGGCUCACCAGGUCAGCGGAGCUCGAACCACUCGCGUCCACCACGGCGGCCACUACACCACCGUACAGUCCAGCCACCACCGGCACCCCAACGGCGAGCGACGGGACAGCUAUUAUGUUCAGGAAGGCCAGAUCGAGCCAGGGGCUCCGAAUCCCGUAUGUUCCGCGCUGGGGGGUGGUAUGAUGGCCGGGGCUGCGGCCUCCGGCAGAGUGACAACGUCAAGCAGGGCUGCAGGCGUGAGCAUGGCUUCGGGAGCAAUCAAACACUCAGUGCCAGGCGGCCAGACCACGAUGUCUAGCCGGGAUAUGAUGCCAACCAGAACGUCCAUGUCCACCAGGGACAUGAUACCAGCAAGGACUUCAGUGACACACCACGAUAUGGAGUCAACUAAGACUCCAUGGUCCACCCAUCACACCAUGAUGGCACCAGCAAAGACUUCGAUGUCCCACCAUAACAUGGCACCAGCGAAAACUUCAAUGUCCUUCCACAACAUGGCACCAGCAAGUACUUCGAUGUCCUGCCGAGACAUGGUACCAGCAAGGACUUCGAUGUCCUCCCGGGAUAUGGGGUCAUCUAGAACUCCAUGUUCCACUCAUCAUACCAUGAUGGCACCAGUAAGGUCUUCCAUGUCCUCCCACAACAUGGCAUCACCAGCAAGAACCUCAAUGUCCGCCCACAACAUGGCCCCAACCAGGACCGCAGGGGCAGCCGGGGCAGCCUCCGUGGCGGCCGCUACGGCAACAUACGUCCACACAUCUACCACCACAAUUACAACCUCCACUGUCGCCACCGCAAGUGCUUCGGCCUGCAGCGCUCGUGCUAGCCGGGGAUCGAGAACGCAUGCUUGCUGAUGCCGGUCGAGAGCUUGGGGUGGGAGCUGAUAAUGAUGCUCGUAAGACGGACCAGGUCGGGGUUCUUCGGACUCUGAGCGUCCGUGUCGACAUUGAAAGGUGCUGAUAAGUUUUUUCUUCUUGUAUUUGUAUCGCUUUGUCUAUUCUUAGUUGAGAAUAAA